AUGGAGAGGGAUGAGGGCAAGGCCGCCGCCGCCGCCGCUGGUGCUGGGGCUCGGGCUAGCCGCUGGGAGGUGUCGCCGGACGGGGUGAUCGUGCUUCCCGCGGGAUCGGCGGCGCCGAGGCCGCCGCCACCGCACGCCCGCCAGCAGCGGGAGCGGGAGACGGAGCGUGAGCGGGAGCGGGAGCGGGAGCGGGAGCAGCAGAACAACCCGGGGGCGGGGGUUUUCGGGGAGCAGCCGCACCCGGAGCUACCGGAGAAGGUGUUCUACAAGACGAAGCUUUGCGAGAAGUUCGAGGCGGGCAAGUGCGCGUACGAGGACGGGUGCACCUUCGCGCACGGCGAGGCCGAGCUGCGCCCGCCGAUGCCCGUGCCGCCCGCGCUCGUCCUCCACAGGCGGAAGACGCCGCCGCCGCCGCCACCGCCACCAGCCGCUGAGGCCCCCUUCGGCGGGUACUACGGCGGCAAGGUCUGCUUCGAGUUCAGGGACAGGGGGACCUGCCACUACGGGGACCGGUGCACCUACGCCCACGCCACCGCGGCGGAAGUGGCAGAAAUGCGCUACCCCGGGGGCCCAAGGUCGGUGGAGCACGCGCUGAGGAACGCGCCGCCGUUUGCGAGGGCGUCGUUCUCGCCGGGCGGCACGGCCCGUAGCAGCAGCACCACCAGCAGCUAUGCACCGGCUGCCGCCGCGAGGGCGUUCCCAUCUGCUCUUCCUCCUCCCGCGCCGGUCGGGGAGGACGGUCGCAAGCUCAGCCGACUGGAGAUUCUGAGCCGCAAGAAGACGCGCGGCAUCUACGGAGACUGGCCGGAGCAGGACUGAGUGCUCACCAUGCGUCACCUACCCGCCAUGUCCACCGUAACAGUGACAGCAACAAAGUGAAUACAGAACUGGGCAAUCUGCCAUGUCGAAUUGAACAAUGCUGCCAUUGAUGUUGUGCUUGUAUUUCGUUUGCUGUUGAAUCCGUGCAUGUAAUCCGCUUGAUCGAACCUGCAUUUCUGCCAUCAUUUCUAUUUUAUAAGACUGGAACUAUUUUAUCAA